AUGUUCACGCUCACUGCAUUCCUUGCCCUUCUCGCUGCCCCUGCUGUGCUCGCUCACCCCAUUGAGCACGUUCAUGUUGAGCAGCGAUCAUUGGGCGCCAGGUGGUUUCACGAAGUCGGUCACCCUGCCCAUACCCUCUUUGCCCGUCAGAGCAAUUCAACCGCACCCACCCCGGGCUCUCCUAACUGGGCAAAACAAUAUCCCGCUGGCAAGGCGACUAAAGACACUCUUAAGCCCGAGUGGGUUGAUGCAUUGAACAAGGCUGUAUCGAAUGGUCUCAUUCCUACCAACGUUCCAGUCGCCAAACAGAGUGGUGGAGCUGCGCCCUCUUACUCGAACAGUACUGGUAAAAUGGACCCAGCCAAGCAGCCUAUUUGCUCCAGCUCGUCGCAAUGCAAGGGUGAUGGUCAAAUUUACGAUGUUCCCGAUGGCAUUGUCGCAUUAUCCUUUGAUGAUGGCCCUCUUCCAUUAUUGACGGAGGCCUUCGAAGUGAACGGUGACGAUAUCGCGGUCCACACAUGGUCACAUCGCUACAUGACCACGCUCAGUAACGAGGAGGCUUUGGCCGAACUUGCCUGGACUAUGCAAAUCAUUCAUGAUAUGACUGGCGGCCGCGUUCCACGUUUCUGGCGCCCACCUUACGGCGACUCGGACAACCGGGUUAGGGCUAUUGCUAGAGAGGUGUUGGGAUUGACCACUGUGAUCUGGAACGAUGACACUAAUGACUGGGCGAUUACCGAGACGCCUGCUACGCAAACCGUUGCUGGUGCCACAAAAAUACUGCAGAAGGCUUACAGUGGACCCAAGUCUCCGGGUCUAUGCAUUCUUGAGCACGAACUUUCAGACCAGUCCGUCAGCAUCUUUAUGGACACUUUCCCGUUGAUUGCUCAGAACGGCUGGACUGCCAAGUCCAUUCCGGAUGCCGUUGGUUCUUCCUUCUAUCUGAAUGCGGCCGACAAUACGAGCCCGGUAACAACCGUUGGAAUUGCUCAACCCGUCCCUACUCUUGUUGCAACCACCACCACCACUGCCAGUAAUUCUACGAGCAGCGGAAACUCGAGCAGCGGCUCCGGUUCGAACUCUGGUUCCGAAUCGUCUCACUCAGCUGCACUCCCUAAUGCUGCUUGGCCAGCAUGGCUUAGUUUAGCAGCGGUGAUCCCCAUGUCCGUCGCACUAUUCUGA